UUGUGCAAACGGACAAGCAACAAGCUAGAGUCUCCCAAAAUCAACUCGUGCAAAAAGCAAAAAUUUAAAUCUAAAAAGGACAAACACAUAUAUUUAAAUAUAAGAAUAAGAAAUUACUUGUGACAAUAUGGCCAGCCUACCAAUGUUACUCAGUCUAGCGGACGACUUAGACCGCAUGUCUGUGGCGCCCUACUGGGAGACUCCUUACUACUGGCAGAGACAGCAUCGCAAUCCUUGUAUGGCGCUAUGCUGUGCGCCGCUAGCGAAACAACUACGCCAGCUAGAGAAGCAAGUCGCAUCUAAUGGACCAGAUUCCAAGAUGGGUAAAGAUGGUUUUCAAGUCUGCAUGGAUGUGGCCCAGUUCAAGCCCAGUGAACUCAAUGUCAAGGUCGUGGAUAACUCAAUUGUGGUUGAGGGCAAGCAUGAGGAGCGCGAGGAUGAUCAUGGCUACAUCACACGUCACUUUGUGCGUCGCUAUGCUAUGCCCCCGGGGUAUGAGGCAGAGAAGGUUGCCUCCACACUCUCCUCGGAUGGAGUAUUGACUGUAAGCGUGCCCAAACCGGCAGCUAUUGAGGAUAAGGGCAAUGAGCGUAUCGUUCAAAUACAACAGGUGGGACCAGCUCACCUUAAUGUCAAGGAGAACGCCAAAGAGCAAUUGGAGCAGGAAAACUCAAAGUAACUGUCGCAUCGCUUCAUCUCAACUUUUAGUCUUUAGUUUUAACUCUCAAAAUCAACUGUUUUAUAUAUAUGCAUAUAAUAAUCGAAAGCACUUGAUAUUAAUAACCAUACUAUACACAUAUAG